CAUAACAAAUAGAAAUCUUCCAGUCCAGUGCUUUGACCUGGUCACUUGGAUUCCGCAGGUUUAAACACACAAUGAAGGUAUAUUUUUGCAUUCUUGUGAUUUGCUUGGCCCUAAAUAGAGGGACCUGCACAGAAGAUACCACUCAAAAUAGUACCACCAACCAGAUCCCACCAGAGGACUCUUCAUCAGACUGGGGCCUUGGAACAAUACGAGAUGGAUUUGAAGCAGUCAAUGGCGUUUUUGACUCCUUUCUGGAACUUCUUGGUGGAAGAAAUGGAGUUUGUCAAUACAAAUGCCGAUAUGGUAAAGCUCCACUGCCCAGACCUGACUACAAGCCACCUGAACCCAACGGCUGCAGCUCUUAUUUUCUUGGUCUCAAGGUACCAGAGAGUCUGGAUAUGGGUAUCCCAGCAAUGACUAAAUGCUGUAACCAGCUGGAUAUCUGUUAUGACACCUGUGGGGCCAACAAAUACAGGUGUGAUGCCAAAUUCCGCUGGUGCCUCCACUCCAUAUGCUCAGACCUUAAGAAGAGCCUUGGAUUUGUCUCUAAAGUGGAAGCCUGUGAAGCUGUAGCAGACACUGUAUUCAAUACAGUGUGGACCCUGGGAUGCAAACCAUUCAUGAACAGUCAGAGAUCAUCCUGUAUUUGCAAUGAGGAAGAGCGGGAUGAACUCUGAGCUCGACAUCGCUAAUUCCACCGGACACUGAAGAUGAUCUGAUCAUUUCCAAGACUCUGUUGGGCAUUGCAGAACCGUGCAGCUUGUCAAUACAAAGAACUAAAUUAUUCCUUUGGAGAAAAGCUACUAGACUAUAACUAUGUAUUCAUUUGGGCUACUUUCCAUUUUAGGUAUUUGUUAUCUAAGCCACAAAACUCCUCAGGUUCUAAAUCUUUUGUUAAAAAGAAAUGAAUCCUAGGAGUAUGAGAACUGCACAAUUCAGUCAGAUGCAUUGUACCAUAAAAGGUUUCAGAGUGGUGAGCUACGUGACGGGUUACUCGCUAAAACCAAGGGUAAAAAUAAUUAUAUGUCAUGUAAUAACAGAUUUAUCUGACCACAAUGCAAAUCUAAACAUUUUACAAUACAGAUCCAAUUGUACGUGUAGGAUAAAGUUGAAAGAAGUUUCUGCUCAGUGUUUUAUUAAGAUGUACCAUGUAUCUCUCACUUUUCCAUGCAAAGGGAGAUAUGAUGGACUUAUGAUGUUGUGCAAAGCACCUGGGCCAGUGCAAAAGCCCUUUUUCUUUUACUAUCUAUGGUUUUUGUGGACUUCUAGUAAAAAAAUAAUUUGUAAGGAACAGCCAUGUAGUAUUCUAUCUGUUUUAAACUUGACAUCAAUCUAUAGCUAUGGUGAUAAGAUCAAUUGUAAAAAUUAUUGUAUAAUUAUGGAUUUUUGUAUAAUUAUGGAUUUUUUAUUUCUAUUUUACUUAAAUUCCUGUUUAUUAUUCAGGAAACUACAAUAGCCUAGCCUCAAAAUGUAGAGUUGAUUUGCUGUGAAUAAGUUGAUAGUAAGCCCCCCUGAUAUAUAGGAAAGAGGGUAAAUCAAUCAAUUUAAUAAAUUAAAUUCUAGCUCA